CACAGGGUUGUGGAAAAUAGGCCGUGAUAGGUCUGGAUUUCUUCGUGUUGGAGCAACGGCAGAGGCGAAACUAUUUUCUGGAUCAACUGAAAUCCUCCAUCGUUGAUCCGUCUCUCUCUUUCUCUCAAAUACUCCAAGCAAGUGAUUGAUCUCAAUCCUCGGUGAAGGUGACAUGGCAUCUAGGAGGAACAUCAAUUACAGUCGUCUUCCUGAUGAAGACAAUGAUCGUAUAGGCAAUGAAGGAAGAUACGACCCUCGGUUUGACUACUCACCAGGAAGCUUGGAUGAAGUCCCAUGGAAAUCCAUUGCCCUUGCACUUUUUCUCCUUUUUCUUGGAUGUUGUCUUCUUCUUCUUUCAAUCUUCAUCUUCACAGGUCACAUGGGAGGAGACAAAUCCCAAGCAUAUGGCCUCUUAGGACUUGGUGCACUCACCUUCCUCCCAGGUUUCUAUGAGACUCGAAUUGCUUAUUAUUCAUGGAGGGGCGCACAAGGCUAUCGGUUUGCAUCCAUCCCUGGUUAUUAAAGGUUUAUAGUUAUACCCCUCCUUUUCCUCAUCUUUUUUGGUUGUAUAUGUAAUAUACAUACAGCAACUUCCAGUUAUGUAGUAGGUUUUGAGAAUUGAGAUUGCUUUUGUUUUGGAAAUGAAAAACUUCUAAUAUAGAGAAACUGCUUUGGAGUCU